AUGGGUUUGUCCUUGGACUUUCAGGGCAGCAAUGCUAUGGCCGAGACGAGCGCGGGAGAUCGUGGGACGGGGAUCCCAGAAACGGGGGCUGACCCGGCAAGGGACGGGAUGUACGAGGCCAAGCAAGAGGCCCUCGACCCGGAUGAGGGCCGGGCCAGCAUUCUGACCGGAUAUAUGGCUGACAGAGCGAGCGACGGGGCCAAGAAGGCUAAGGAGAUGGCCAAUAGGGUGGGCGAGACGGGCAAGAAGACGAUGGACGGCGCCUGGAAGACAGCCAGGGAAACCACCGAGGAGAUUAAGGAGGCCGCUGAGGGCGGCGGCAGUCUCGGCGAGGAGGAGAAGAGAGGGCCGAAUUAUGAGAACUUGGAGGGUGACAGGAACGUGGAAGAUUUGAGGAGGCGCGCAGGAGGAUAUGAUAAAGCGGAGUGA